AUCGCACCCAAACGCUCUCAAAUUUCAAAAAAAAAAACAAAAGUCGAAUCCUUUUUUCUGGUUUUUCUUCGCGUCGUAUCGUAAGAGGAGAAGAAAGAUCCAUCUCUCUCUCUUGCAAUCUAGAGACUUUUGGACUCUUGCGGUUUUUCUUUAAUUUUCAGAUUCUUGGUUCAACAGACACUGAGGGAUCAAAGGAAGGAAACAAAAAUGGGGAGAAGCCUCGGUUCAGUGUUUAGACAAGAGUUGGCUAAUCUUGACAAAGAUCCAGAUACUUACAAGACUGCAAUGAGCAACUUGAGAACCAUUGUGAAAGAUUUGGACGCUAAAGCUCUACAUGUGUUUCUCACUCAACUUUCUGAAACAAAAGAGAUUGGUUUUGACUCUGGCGGUGGCUACACGGUCUCUCUCUUUGAAGACCUUGCACGUUCCCACGGAGUCAAAAUCUCUCCCCAUGUGGAAACAAUCAUGCCGGUUAUCGUACGGACGCUGAGCUCUUGUGGAGGGGCGUUAAGUGUUCAACAGGCUUGCUCGAAGGCGGUUGCUGCUAUUGCUAGAUACGGAAUCGACCCCACAAUGGCAGAAGAUAAGAAAAGGAAUGUAAUCCAUUCUCUUUGUAAACCUCUCUCUGACUCUCUUUUAGAUUCUCAGCAUCAGCAGCAUCUUGCGUUGGGAGCUUCUCUCUGCUUGAAGUCGCUUGUGGACUGCGACAGCUGGCGUUUUGCUUCUAGCGAGAUGGUUAAUACCCUUUGCCAAAGCUUAGCCAUUGCUCUUGAAGUCGCUUCUGAGUCUCAUAUGGCGCUUGUGAUAGCUCUCGCUAAGCGCAAUGCUUUUACAGUUGAGGCGUACGCGAGGCUUUUUGUGAAGUCGGGGCUGAGGAUUCUUGAGUUGGGUGUGGUUGAGGGUGAUGCUCAGAAACGGGUUUUGGCUGUGCAGAUGCUUAACUUCUUGAUGAAGUAUCUGAACCCCAAGAGUUUGUCUUCUGAGGUGGAGCUUGUGUUGCAAGAGAUGGAGAAACACGUGGAGGAUGAGGUGUAUUUUGUUAGAGUGGCUGUUCAUGAAACGUUGGGUACAGCAGAGAGAUUGAUAAGAGAGGCUGAUGGAGAGAACUGCAAGAUUCAGUUCUCUGGUGGAGAAGGUGAUAAUAUGGAGUCGGUUUGUUUCCAUCAGAGGAACAGAAGCUCUGAGUUUGACGAAUCUGUUUGCUCUAUGAGCAAUCACUCGAGAAGGUCGAGGCGAAACAGGAAGAAGAGACGGUCAGAACGUAGCAGGCACGGUUUCAGACAAGAUUCUUUCACUGUACUGCUAGAGAACAGAGAGCAGCUAAGGCAGUACAGUGAAAGCUCAUCAUCAUCAUCGAUACAUGACAGGUCUGGUACUACUACUCCAACCGAAGACAUCUUUGAGAAACCAAAGUCAUAUUCUGAGGCCAAAGUUAAGACAGAAGAGACUGUAACAGAGUCAAGACGGGACAGGAGCAAGAAGACUGUGUUGAGAUGGGGAUUGAGUUUCUUCUCUGUUGUAGUUGCAGGGCUUGCUUCCUUCAUGUGGGUGCAUCUGCGAGAUGAUAUGAUGAUGCUGCCUCCUCAUCUUGUUCCUACUUGAAGCGCACCAAGUGAUGAGCAUAGAAAGCUCAGGACUUACUUAGCUUCAGAUUGUGGGUUCUAUUGUUCUAAUGUCAAUAUGUGGAUCUUGUUUGAAUACUCUUUUGUCUUUUUACUCUCAAAAAGAACUUGUACCAUUGACUAAUAUGAAAACAACACUUGCAAUAA